ACGAUUCCCUACAACAGCAUGGCUGAUUCCUACGAAGCUGAGCGCACAAUCGAAAAAUCUGAGGGUAGCACUUCCACGCAUGGUCGUACGGCAGCGUUGGCCACAACCCCUAUCGUGCCCGACAAACCAUUCUCGCAUGGCAUCUUUGACAAAGAUCCAGAAACAACUGCCGCAAGAAAUGGCUGGUUAAAGAUCAGCAUCCUAGGUGUACUCGUUCUUUUUGUUAUGAUCUGGGGCGUUCUACCUAUCUAUUGGGCUGCCCUUGGUCGGUCGUCCAAUAAUAUACACAAUCUCUCCGGAUUCGUGGUGGACUUCGAUGGAGGCGAAAUAGGACAAGCAGUAACACAGGCAUUCAAGAACAUAACGGGUCCACAACAAAUGUCCUGGCUGAUAUUGGAUGCAGCGCAAUUUCCUGGUGGACCGGAGGAUGUGGCCCAGGCUCUACUUGAUCAUAAAUGCUGGGCAGCCGUUACUAUCAAUCCCCAAGCUUCAACUAACUUGAAUGCGUCGAUAAAUGCAGCCAAUGCAUUGUAUAACGCGUCCCAAGCUAUAUCCGCAUACGUGACCAGUGGUCGUAAUGAGAACAUAUAUCGAGGCACCAUCACCCCACAAACCACCUCAAUACUGACAACCAUUUCGCAUACAUUUUCACUCUCCCUCUCCCAACGGUUAGCGUUGAGGUCAGAUAUCUCGACACUGCUUCAAACCGCACCUCAACUUGUAAUUCAACCACUGGCUUUCAUCAUUUAUGAUAUAAGGCCGUUUAAUGUCCCUGUGGCCUCCGCGGUAGACUAUGUUGGAUUGAUCUACCUCCUGAUUUUGGCGUUCGUGUUGACGAACCAACUUUUGGUGGCCCGCGUUCAACCUGGCUUCGAUAGGCGUUUGAAGUUGCGAUCUCUCAUCCUUGUCCGUCUGUUAUGGCCAGUCACACUCUAUUUCUUCAUAUCGCUAAUGUAUUCUCUCUUAAGUUUGGCGUUCGGGGUGCCAUUUGGCAGGAAAUUUGGGCACGCAGGUUUUGUCAUCUAUUGGAUGAUGUCGUGGAGCGCCAUGUCCGCCUUGGGCCUCGCUCUCGAAUCUAUGAUCACCCUCCUUACCAUCAAAUUCAUCCCGGUAUUUCUUAUCCUGUGGAUCAUAUCGAAUGUAUCUGUAGCCUUUUAUCCGAUAGAAGUGCUACCAGCUGUCUUCCGCUAUGGUUUUGCGAUGCCAUUCUAUAAUGUUUCAAGCACAGUUCGGACGAUUAUUUUUGACACCAAGAACCAGAUCGGACUAAAUUUCGGUGUCCAAUUCUCAUGGAUUCUAAUCUCUUGUAUCACCCUUCCAAUAUUUCAAUGGAUCGUCAGGCGACAAGAAGUCAAGGCUUGGGAAGCAUCCCAACGAGCUGCACGAGAGAAGGCAUAACGCGUGUAACAUAUUUGCACGUCGUUUUCCAGUGCCGGAUGCGACUUAAACAGCUGGGACAGGGGGUUAACACUUGGAGAACACGAGCCUGGAAAUAUCGUUUCGUAAUGUAAUUUCAUUACACUGGUUUGUUCACACUAUGGCACUUAACGCAUAUCAUGAACGCGAGCUUUUGUUCCACCUACUACAUAUACUGCACCCUAGCUAGCAUAAUUUAUUACCCAUUGUUAGUUGAGUACAAGAAUAUCCUGGUUAGAAUAUCAA